AUGCUGCUCACCCUUCUGUCCGCCCUAUUGAUCGGCAACCUUCCAGUGAACGCCCUUUCUACCACCUACGACUACAUUGUUGUUGGUGGAGGUACCUGUGGGCUCGUUGUCGCCAAUCGUCUGUCGGAAAUUGCAAACGUCUCGGUCCUUAUCAUCGAAGCUGGCGAUUCCGUGUACGAUAAUCCAAAUGUCACAGCCGUGGAUGGCUAUGGACGAGCGUUAGGAUCAGCCAUCGACCGACAGUACAAGACAAUCCCGCAGACAUUUGGGAAUCAACGCGUUCAGACGAUUAGUGCAGCCAAGGCGCUCGGUGGGACCAGCACUAUCAACGGAAACGCGGGGUGGAAUUGGAAAGCUCUUUAUCCGUACUACCUGAAGUCAGAAGGCUACCAGGCUCCUACUGCAGACCAAGUUACAGGCGGUGGUGCCUCUUUCGACCCGGAAUAUCAUGGACUCGAGGGGCCGCUCAGAGUUGGUUAUCCAGAGGACCAAGCCGUCAAUGAUUUGCCGUCCCUAUUGAGCAAAUCCUACGAAGCCCUCGGAAUCCCUUCUCCGCAGGACGUCAACGGGGGCUCUAUGCGUGGCUUUACUGUCUACCCAAAGACCAUUGACACAGAAGCCAAUGUUCGCAGCGAUGCGGCCAGGGCGUAUUACUGGCCUUUCUCUACGUCCCGGAAGAACCUUCACCUCAGUCUGAACUCCACCGUAACAAAAAUACUCUGGAAGUCUCCGUCCGGGCCUGAACAGGAGGUAGUGGCAUCAGCUGUUGAGGUGGUUGCAGCCAAUGCCCUCCGCACGCCCUCUUUAUUGGAGUUGUCGGGAAUCGGAAACACACAGAUCCUCUCCAAGGCCAACAUCGAAACCAAAGUGUCACUUCCUGGGGUCGGAGAGCAUUUGAUCGACCAGACAAACAAUGGCUUGACCUUCUCCAAAGUUGCGAGUGAACAAUACACUGGAGUGUCGGGAUAUGCAUCCUAUCCGAACGUGACGGACGUUUUUGGAAAUUCCACCAGCGCGUUCGCGUCAUCGGUACUUGCAGCUCUGCCAGCUUAUGCGUCGGCCAUUUCAGCACAGAACAACAACUGCACAAGCACUGAAGAUAUGCUUUCUCUGCUCCAGCUGCAGCACUCGUUGAUAUUUGACGCUCAAGUACCUGUUGCAGAGGUCAUUACUUGGCCGACAGAAAAGUCCUUCGGGACGCAGUAUUGGAGUACUCUGCCGUUUGCGCGAGGAAAUAUCCAUGUCACAUCCUCAGACCCCAGCACAGUUGCGAGGAUAAAUCCGAACUACUUCAUGCUGGCGUACGAUUUGGAUUCACAGGUCCAAGUUGCGCGGUGGAUGCGGAAGCUGUUUUCCACGGCGCCGCUCGCGGAUGUCAACUACCGCGGCAACCACCACGUCUUAAGCACUGCGGCCAUGAUGCCUCGAGAGAAGGGCGGCGUUGUGGAUGAGAGACUGAAAGUUUAUGGGACAACGAACGUGAGGGUUGUGGAUGCCAGCGUCUUCCCCUUUCAAGUCUGUGGCCACUUGAUGAGCACUCUUACUUAUUCAUCCGGGCCCAUCCGCCAGGCCUUUCGCGAAGCCGGUCUGGCGUGCUCAGAGCGACUCACCAUGGCGGACGAGAUGGAUGUCGACGCCACGCCUCCCUCUGUCACACCGCCCGUCGCACCUCGCCGCAUCCAGGCCUUAUCGCAAGAUGUUGUCAACAAGAUCGCUGCCGGCGAGAUCAUAGUCGCUCCAGUCCACGCCUUGAAAGAACUCAUUGAGAACGCCGUCGAUGCCGGAUCUACUGCAUUGGAAGUACUCGUCAAGGAUGGCGGUCUCAAGCUGCUUCAGAUUACCGACAACGGCCACGGGAUUGAUCGCGAUGAUUUGCCCAUUCUCUGCGAACGGUUCACAACCUCGAAGCUCAAGGCGUUCGAAGACCUGACCUCCAUCGGCACCUACGGCUUCCGUGGAGAAGCCCUGGCAAGCAUCAGCCAUAUAGCGCAUUUGAGCGUCACCACUCGUGUCAAGGAGUCCAGCUGUGCGUGGAAAGCGCACUACGCAGACGGGAAGCUGGUUCCUCCCAAACCAAACCAGGGCCCGGAUCCCAAGCCGUGUGCCGGCCGUCAAGGGACCCAGAUCACAGUGGAAGAUCUGUUCUACAAUGUUCCCACUCGCCGCCGUGCUUUUCGCUCUGCAAGCGAGGAAUAUGCUAAAAUCCUCGACCUUGUCGGCCGCUACGCUGUGCAUUGCGUUGGCGUUUCGUUCUCUUGCAAGAAACACGGAGACUCUUCCAUGGGCAUAUCCGUCCCGGCGAGCGCAACCAUUGUCGAUCGUAUACGCCAGGUCCAGGGAAACGCCGUGGCUAACGAGUUGAUUGAGGUUCAUGCCAGCAAUGAUCGCUGGGGAUUCAAAGCUGAUGCGUGGGUGAGCAAUGCAAACUACAGCGUCAAGAGAACUACCUUGCUCCUUUUCAUCAACCACAGAUCAGUGGACUCGUCAGCGAUCAAGAAGGCCGUCGAGCAAACUUACAGCACUUUCCUCCCAAAAGGUGGCCAUCCUUUCGUAUACCUCAGUCUUGACAUUGACCCUCAGCGUGUCGAUGUUAACGUGCAUCCGACAAAACGCGAGGUGAAUUUCCUCAACGAGGACGAGAUCAUCGAAGUAAUUUGCGACGAGAUCCGCUCGAGCCUCGGUAACGUGGAUACAAGCCGCACCUUCAUGACCCAGAGCUUACUGCCUGGCGCAAAGGUCCCGACAAUUCAAACAAAUGCCACCCCCUCGCGCAAUUCUGCUACGGCUUCUUCCGGAAGUCGUUCAGAGGAGCCGGCAUCCUCAAGACGGACUCCCCAGCAAAAAGGACCAACCCAGAAGCCCCGAGAAGAAAUGAAGAGCUUCGAGCCGAGCCAUACCUUCGUUGGUGUGGUCGAUGAGCGGAGACGCAUUGCAGCCAUCCAAGGCGGCGUGAAGCUGUUCCUUAUCGACUACGCAAUGGUCUGCAACGAGUACUUUUACCAGGUCGGCCUCACUGACUUUGGCAACUUUGGGGCUAUCCGGUUUGACCCCGCCCUCAGCUUGCAUGAGCUUCUGUCAAUCGCCGUGACGCACGAAAAGAGCACCGCUGAAGUCGAUGAAGACUUUGAUUGGGACGAUGCGCUUUCAGCCGUCAGGGAGCAAUUGAUCAGUCGCAGAGACAUGCUCGCCGAAUAUUUCUCGCUCGAGAUCUCCGAGGAUGGCGAUCUCGUAUCCAUACCAUUGCUCAUCAAAGGCUAUACUCCGAGUCUAGCCAAACUGCCACAUUUCCUUCUCCGUCUGGGGCCGAACGUCAAUUGGAUGGAGGAAAAGGGCUGCUUCCGGGCGUUCCUUAGGGAACUGGCAUCCUUCUACGUCCCUGAGGCGUUGCCAGUGCCGCCACAGAACACGGAAAGUGAACAACCAGAGGAAUCAACCCCCAUUGACCCGGAAAUCGAGUCCAGACGCAAACAUCUUGAGCAUGCCAUUGAGCAUGUCCUCUUCCCCGCGUUCCGUGGCCGUCUUGUAGCUACGAAAGGCCUCUACCGCGUGUUCGAACGUUGCUGA